AUGGAAGAUACGGAGCAGGAGGUUGAGCAGGAGCAGGGAAAGGAGCGGACACAUGCUGACAUUUACGGCCAACAUCAAGUCCUCGACGGUGGUACCGGCUUCCUCAAGGUCGGAUACGCAGGACAAAACUUCCCCGAGCACCAGUUCCCCUCCAUUGUCGGUCGACCAAUUCUCCGAACCGAGGAGCAGACGGAUAGCAAUGUGACCAUCAAGGACAUCAUGUGUGGUGACGACGCCGCCGCCGCCCGCACCAUGCUCCAGAUCAGCUACCCCAUGGAGAACGGUAUCGUCAAGAAGUGGGACGACAUGCAGCACCUCUGGGACUACACCUUCUUCGAGAAGCUCAAGGUAGACACGCGCGGCCAGAAGAUCCUCCUCACCGAGCCGCCCAUGAACCCGCUCAAGAACCGUGAGCAAAUGUGUGAGGUCAUGUUUGAACGCUACGAGUUUGGCGGUGUCUACGUCGCCAUCCAGGCUGUCCUAGCCCUCUACGCCCAAGGUCUCAGUUCCGGUGUCGUCGUCGACUCCGGAGACGGUGUGACGCACAUUGUCCCCGUGUACGAGUCGGUCGUCCUCAACCAUCUGACCAAGCGUCUGGACGUUGCCGGCCGUGACGUGACGCGCAACCUCAUCAAGCUGCUCCUGCGUCGCGGCUACGCGCUCAACCGAACGGCCGACUUCGAGACAGUUCGCCAGAUCAAAGAGAAGCUGUGCUACGUCUCCUACGACCUUGAGCUGGACAAGCACCUGAGCGAGGACACGACGGUCCUGGUUGAGGACUACACCCUACCCGAUGGUCGUGUGAUUCGCGUGGGCAGCGAGCGUUUUGAGGCCCCUGAGUGUCUGUUCCAGCCUCAUUUGGUUGACAGUGAGUCGCCGGGUCUGGGCGAGUUCCUCUUCAACACGAUUCAGUCGGCCGACGUCGACAUCCGCUCGUCGCUCUUCAAGGCCAUUGUGCUGUCAGGCGGCAGCAGCAUGUACCCGGGCCUCCCGUCGCGCCUAGAGAAGGAACUGAAGCAGCUGUGGCUGACGCGCGCCCUGCAGGGCAACCCGGAGCGCCUGUCCAAGUUCAAGGUCCGCAUCGAGGACCCUCCGAGGAGGAGGCACAUGGUGUUCCUGGGCGGUGCCGUCCUGGCCAACAUCAUGGCCGACAAGGAGAGCAUGUGGGUGACCAAGUCCGAGUGGGAAGAGCAAGGCUCGAGGGUCCUGGAGAAGCUGGGCCCGCGAUAG